AUGCGCUUCCCCCCGAGUAAUCUACUUUUGAAAGAGUAUCCCGUCUCACCUCGAUAUUAUCAGCCAUCAUCGGACUUUGGACGUCGACUCCAAUCUGUUAUCGUUGUCGUCGUCGUCGUCGUCCUUGUCUUUCAGUCCAACAUGGCGAAACCAUUAACGGAAGAGGACAUAGCCUAUAUGUUGGAGCAUAAGGAUGACAGUCUUGUAGCCAACAUAUAUGCAUGCUGCAUAGUAACUGGAGUCGCUUCCGUUUUUGUCCUACUUCUUCGAUUCUGGGCGCGCUAUGUAGCACACGGCCACAUAGCGUUAAAAACAAGCGACUGGUUAAUGACGAUAGCCUGGAUCGCUUAUAUCGGUGCUCUUGUCAGCUUCUCGCUAGGGGCAGUGUACGGACUAGGGAAACAUAUCCUCUUCAUUACGGAUGCGAGGAAACUCCGUAUUUGGGGCAUCAUCCUCGAAGUCUUCUACUACGUCUGCAUAGGCUUCAUAAAAUUCAGCAUUCUAAGCUUCUACGGCUCAAUUUUCUCUUCCAGGCGAUUCCAAAUUUCUCUUUGGUUAGUGUCUGCAUUCGUCGCUGCCUGGUGCAUCUCGGCAACCGUCGUAUCGAUAUUCCAGUGUACUCCGAUCGAAUUUUCUUGGGAUACGUCUAUUGAAGGCGGAUUUUGCAUCAACUAUGGGGUGCUGGUUCUUGUCGCUGGUGUGAUCAACGUUAUAACGGACUUCGUCAUCCUUGCUCUACCUAUUCCUAUGAUCUUGCGAUUACAAGUCACGAAGAACAAGAGGAUCCAGCUGGUUUUCAUUUUCGCCACGGGCAGCAGUGCUUGCAUCGUCAGCGUGGUCAGGUUGGCAUAUAGUCUGGUCGUGAGUUCGACAGCAGAUGUAAGCUGGGAUAACGUCCGUCCAGGAUUCGUAUCUGCUGCCGAGCUCCUCGUUGGUAUCCUCGCAGCUUCGAUUCCAACAUAUGGACCACUUUUCCGGCGGUACAUUGCAAGUUCUACAGUGAGAAGUUCGCUGCCAUACGGCCGAACAAAAGGCGGGCAGGUAUCAUCACAACUUCAUAGCGCCAGCAUAUCGGUUUCUGGGGGCGGUGCGAUCCAUGGACCUGGGGUCCACAUAACCGACGAAGUCGAACUUACCCGACAUGAGCUUAGAAACGGGGCUUGGGUUCGAAUAGACGACUGA